AUGCGGACACAACACACCGGUGUGAGACUGCUGCUGCUGCUCGUCUGUGCCUCCAUCCUCACCACACAAGUCCUCGCAGGCGGGAAGAAGCACAGCGGCCCAUGUGGGGGGAGAGACUGCAGCGGAGGAUGUCAGUGCUUCCCAGAGAAGGGAGCCAGGGGGUCACCUGGGCCACUCGGGCCACAGGGGCCACAGGGUCCUAAGGGCCGUCAAGGAGAGCCAGGUAUUGAGGGCCAAAAAGGACAAAAAGGAGACCGAGGACGAGGGGGGAUCAUGGGCCCAAAAGGCAGUGUGGGAAUGACUGGUGUUCCUGGUUUCUCUGGAAAUGAUGGAAUACCAGGUCACCCUGGACAAGCAGGACCCAGAGGAAAGGCCGGGGCAGAUGGCUGUAAUGGGACUCAGGGAGAAACAGGACGACCAGGACAUGUCGGAUACAAUGGGGCUCCUGGAUCACCUGGUUUUCCCGGUCGAAAAGGAGAGAAGGGGGACUCCCUUGAGCUGAGUGUCUUCAUGCAACGUUUCAGGGGAGAUCCAGGUACCCCAGGACUCCAUGGAAUUUUUGGACCUGUUGGAAACCCUGGCUGGCCCGGAAGCAAAGGUGUACAUGGACCAAAGGGCCCUCCUGGUCCGCCGGGCCCCCGCGGAUCAAAGGGAACAAUGACCAAAGUCUUCAAAGGAGUCAAAGGAGAAUCAGGCGAGACUGGACCUCCUGGGUAUCCAGGAAACUCUACACAUCAGCAAAAGCAACCUGAGGAUGCCCCAUCGGGACCACAGGGUGAAAAGGGUUUUAAAGGAGAAGAAGGAGAUCAAGCCGACAACAGAGGGGAAACUGGCGUGAUGGGGUUCCCCGGCCCGCGGGGCCCACCUGGCGUCGAUGGCUUCCCUGGACUGAGAGGGGAGCCGGGUGAUCCAGGUCCAAGUGGCAGAGCUGGUUCAAAAGGAGAUAGAGGAGAAGCUGGAGAGCUGAUCUCGUCCGGAUCUUUGUGGCCUUGGUCUCCAUCAGCUGGUCCACCUGGGCCUCGUGGUGAAACAGGACCACAAGGAGAGAGAGGCCUGACUGGAGACUAUGGCAUACCAGGACCCCGAGGACAGCCCGCCAUUGACUCGCAGCAACAGAUGUUUGAAUUUUUUGGUCAAUUUGGUGAGAGGGGGGAACACGGAGACCCAGGCCCGUUUGGAGAACCAGGGGUUCCAGCCGCAAGCCCAGGACCUAAAGGAGUGAGAGGUAGACCAGGAGACAAAGGCCAGCCCGGACCACUGGGAUCAUUGAGUGAACACUUCAGAGGAGCUCCAGGAGGAAGAGGACGGCCAGGAAACGCUGGACUCAAAGGAACUAAAGGUGACCAUGGCGAAUGUCAGUGUAGCUCUGCAAACUCUCCUACUGGUCCCCAAGGGCCGGCUGGAGAGCAGGGUGACCCGGGCAUGACAGGAGAGUAUGGCCGAGAGGGAGAUGCUGGAGACCCAGGCUUUAAGGGGACUGAUGGAUUACCUGGGUUUCCGGGAGUUGACGGAGAGCCAGGUCCUCAGGGCAGAAAGGGCGAUCUGUUCAUGGCCACAGUGAAAGGACCGACUGGUGAUCUCGGAGACCCAGGCAUCGAAGGAGAGUCAGGAGCCAUAGGGGCUCCAGGUCCAAAUGGACUUCCUGGUUUUCCAGGGAGUCGGGGUCUUCCUGGCGAGGCAGUCAGAGGAGAACAUGGAGAAAAGGGAUUUCCUGGUCGGAGGGGGCAACCUGGUGCUCCAGGCCUGAGUGGAGAGCCAGGACAAGUCCUUGGUGGAGUCAAAGGACAACGAGGCUUACCUGGAGACGAUGGUCUCCCAGGGUGGUCUGGAGUGGCAGGAACACCUGGUGCACCAGGCGGCUGUAGUCCGACAACAGACGGAGAACAGGUCGAUGUAACAGGUCUCUGUGAAACGUACCCCGGCCCCCCUGGAUUACCUGGAUUGCCCGGACCUCAUGGACUUCCUGGUUUACAUGGACCUCAAGGCGAAAAAGGCCCUCCCGGUUUGUUUGGAAUUUUAGGAGAAAAGGGAGAGCAGGGUGACCAAGGUCGAGGUGGUCUCCCAGGGCCUCCAGGUUUCCCUGGACCACGGGGUGAGCACGGGCAUCCAGGGGCCAAAGGCAUUACGGGGAACCGCGGGGUGGCAGGGAAACCUGGACGAUAUGGAGCGCAGGGAGAAAAGGGCGCUCAUGGAGACAUUAUUGGAGCCAUGCCUGGUCCCCCUGGUGAGCCUGGAAACCCUGGUCCGAUAGGGGAGAAAGGUCUGAUAGGAGACGAAGGCGGGCCUGGAUACACAGGCAUGAUUGGUAUGCCUGGCAUGAUUGGGAUCAAGGGAGAGAGCGGUCCUGCUGGUCUACAGGGUGAGCAGGGCAGACCUGGACCUGCAGGGAAGUAUGGUUACCCUGGUGACAAUGGGAGUGUGGGUCCCGCUGGUUUUCGGGGGAGCAUUGGACUGCCAGGCUUCACAGGUGAAAGGGGAACAGAGGGUGACCCAGGACCCCCAGGGCCCACAGGGCUGAAGGGAAUCCCUGGGAACUUUGGUGAAGUGGGCUUCGCUGGAAAUGAGGGUGUGCCCGGAGAUGCAGGUUCUCCUGGUUUGCCUGGAGAGCCAGGACUUCCAGGAAUUAAAGGCUACAAAGGUUCCCCGGGAAUGUCUGGGUUUGAAGGCCGCAGGGGUGAUUUUGGUGAAAAAGGUUUGAUUGGGGUCAAAGGAGAGACUGGGUUUCCAGGAGAAAGUGGUCCAAAAGGACUGCUAGGCUUCAGAGGAGAGAAAGGGGCUCGAGGGCUGGACGGCCCACCGGGAGAGAAGCCGCAUAUCCCACAGACUAUAAUUGUUGACAUGAAAGGAACCAAAGGAGAUCGUGGGAGUGCGGGGACUCACGGUUUUACUGGGUCCAGAGGUGCAAAAGGAUUCCCAGGCGUCCCAGGAAUGGAGGGGCACCCUGGUUUACCUGGAGAGCCCAGCUAUGAGAAAGGGCAUCAAGGAAACCCAGGUGCUCAGGGACUUCCAGGAAUAAAAGGAAUGCCAGGUAUCCCUGGAAACAGAGGGAUUACUGGGUUUGAAGGAAUGCCUGGGGACAAGGGCAUUAAAGGAAGUACAGGAGCAUAUGGUGCAUCAGGAGACUCUGGAUGGAAGGGAAUCAAAGGAAAUGCUGGAGCUCGUAUUGAUCUCCCAGGGUCUCCAGGUCUAAGAGGAGAAUUUGGUUUGCCGGGAGAGCCAGGUGAAAAGGGGUUGUUUGGAGUCACAGGCAGCAGGGGAACCCCUGGGUUUGAUGGUAUCGAAGGCAGACGUGGGUUUAGAGGAGAUGGGGGUGAUGCAGGAAACCAAGGCUCAGAUGGACAAAAAGGAAGCCCUGGGAAACAGGGGCUUAAAGGAUCCCCCGGAUUACCAGGGAAAGAUGGACUUCCUGGCUUUCCUGGUCACCUAGGAAACAAAGGUUUUCCUGGUCUGAAGGGGCUGUACGGGUUGCAUGGGCUGAAAGGACAAAAGGGUCUUCCUGGAACCCCAGGAUUUGAUACAUUUGGACCAGAUGGAGAAACUGGCAUGAAGGGCCUGACAGGAGACAGUGGUGAACCGAACAAGGAGAAAGGUCUUCCAGGAACUAAAGGUUUACAGGGAUUCCCAGGACUUAUUGGUGACCAAGGCCAACCGGGACCACCAGGGUUUAGGGGCCCAGAGGGACCAGAUGGCACCGCUGAUAUAAAGGGUUCAUUGGGGGAGACUGGUUCCAAAGGAUUGAAAGGAUAUGAAGGUUUCCCUGGGGUGAGGGGUCUUCCUGGUGCCAGUGCGACCCCUGGAGAAAAAGGAAUACCUGGACCAAAUGGUUUUCCAGGAGUCCGAGGGUUUAAAGGGUUCAAGGGAGAGCAAGGUUCUCCAGGGUACAGAGGGCCUAAUGGCAUUUCAGGGAAAAAAGGAGCCAGAGGGGACCAGGGUCUCAUGGGCCUGCCUGGUGUAGGAGGGGUGAAAGGUGAACGAGGACCAGUGGGGCCAAAAGGAAGCAAAGGAAUCCCAGGUUCCCCUGGACCUGAAGGGGAUCAAGGGCCUGCUCCGCUGCCAAUCAAAAUCCCAGGUGAAAGGGGUCCGCCAGGGCCACAGGGCAUCCUGGGACCAAAGGGAGUCAAAGGAGAGUCCGGUCAGCAGGGGCCGCCUGGAGAUCCAGGUUACUUAGGGACUUCUGGUGUGAAGGGGAUGCCUGGUGUUAGCGGCCGCCCAGGAACACCUGGUUUCCGUGGCGAUGUAGGUCAAGAGGGACACCCUGGUUUACAAGGAAUGGAAGGUCCCCGUGGCAGAGCUGGUGUCCCUGGUUUACCUGGCAUGCCAGGGCGCAGUGUCAGUGUGGGCUACCUGCUGGUCAAACACAGUCAAACAGAUCAUACCCCCAUGUGUCCUGUGGGCAUGGCCAAACUCUGGGAUGGAUAUAGUUUGCUAUACUUUGAGGGCCAGGAAAAGGCUCACAACCAGGAUCUUGGUUUAGCUGGCUCUUGUCUACCAAAGUUCAGCACCAUGCCGUUCUUAUACUGUAAUCCCGGAGACAUAUGUUAUUACGCCAGCAGAAAUGACAAGUCCUACUGGCUGUCGACCACGGCCCCUCUUCCCAUGAUGCCAGUGGAGGAGGGCGACAUCAAGCCGUACAUCAGCCGCUGCUCUGUGUGCGAGGCUCCUUCUGUGGCUAUAGCGGUCCACAGCCAGGAUAUCACCAUCCCACAGUGCCCGGUUGGGUGGCGAAGUUUAUGGAUCGGAUACUCGUUUCUCAUGCACACUGCUGCUGGAAAUGAAGGCGGGGGGCAGUCGCUGUCUUCCCCCGGCUCCUGUUUGGAGGACUUCAGGACCACACCGUUUCUUGAAUGCAAUGGAGCCAAAGGCACCUGUCACUAUUUUGCAAACAAACACAGUUUCUGGCUGACGUCCAUAGACCAGUCCUUCCACAGUGAACCAGCAGCAGAGACACUAAAAGCUGGACAACUUCUGUCCCGCAUCAGCCGCUGUCAGGUCUGCAUGAAGAACUUGUGA